UAAUAAAGAGCAAUACGAGCAAGCUCAGGAUACUGUAGAGUGUUAUGCUGCAUAUCACAGAUACAAAUAUCACUAUGUAAAUGUCGAGGACAACAGUUCUUUGUCGCUUGCCUGUCCGCAGAAAGAUUUUAUGUUUCAACGGCAUUGUGUGGUUGCUCAAAUGCUGAGUUCAUGGAGCGAAGAUUGGCUGUUGUUCCUCGAUGCUGAUAUGGCCGUGGUCAAUCCUAACCAUCUCAUAGAAGAGUAUAUUCCUGCCAAUCCUGAUAUUCACGUUGUAUUUUAUAAUAGAAUUUUCAACCACGAGGUUAUGGCAGGGUCUUACCUUCUUCGUAUCUUGUUUUUUCGCUCUACAGCGACUCUAGUGGGAUUAUCAAGGGUAUACGGAGUUUCUUCUGAAAUGGCUUCAACUGCACCUUUAGCUGAAAGGGUUCAGCAUGUUGAGAUUACAGCACGUAAUUUAUCAGGCGUAGGACCUCCCGUCACUGCGGAGUGUCGCGCGCGGCGAAACUCUUGUUCCACUUCAGUCGCCGUUGUGAGUUGUGCUCUCCCACUUUACCUAUUGCGUCGCGGCGAUCCGUAUCGCGAGGGUUUUUCGCACUCUACGAGGGGAUUGUCUGCUCUUUCCGAUCUCUUCCUCUUUUCAACAGCGCGCAUAUGAAA